UCCUUUCUCUCUCCUCUCUUUUCUUCUCCGCCUCUGUUGCCCCGGCCGAGAUACCGUCGGUUCUCUGCCAUGGCCGUAGCUCUCCCUCCGUUUGCUUGCUCAGCUGCCCUGCGGCAGGCGUAGAGGUACAAACCGAGAAGCCUCUGGCUGGGCAUGCAUGCGUGGUAGCUUUUGCGGGUGAGCUCUCGAUUCUGACCGCUGGCUCGAGGUUCUUGAGCCUUCCGCCAUGGAUGGCUGCCGGCAGGCGAUUCCUAUGUUGUUCAUUCAGAUCCGUCCCGGCAAUCCGGCUCUUGCCGCGUGGUGGUCACCGGAGUUGCUGCGUGAAUUUGGUGCGCCCGUUGAGGGCUAUGAUGUGGUAGGGUGAGGGACUGAGGGUGAGUCCUUUGUGAAGAGUUUUGGACUCUUCCAGACUUUCUUUUUUCAGGUUUUGCUCUGUUCUUGCCUUCUUGGGUACUGUUCGCGAUUUGGGCAACACCAGGCUACUGGCCACAGGAAAUUCUCUCUCUUCUUUUCUUUUUCAUUCAUUGGAGGAUGAAGGUGUGGCGACUGGCGACACAGGGUCUCAGCCUGUUCGGCUGGUGGGAACUGGCUGGGCUGGGCUGAGCCCAGCCAUUCGGCGGCCACCACCAGACGUUCGGCUUGCUGGUAGAUUAACUCGGCACCUCUAUUAGCUAGGUCCAGCCGAACAGGCCAAAAGUUCCUCAGUGCACCGAGAUUUACUCCAAAUAUUCUUCUAUUUUCAUAUCUUUCUGGAACCAUCCUAGAUCAAACACCUGGUUUUCAAAAAUGAAAGGGAGGACAAUCUUUUGCCCUGCUUUAUGCUUGACAAGUAGUAGCAUAUUCACUACACUUUGUCCAUGACACCUAUCAUAUAUAGGUACUAGCCCAAUCCCAUGUGUUUCGGUGUUUCCGAAUUUUAGUAGGUGCUUAUUUUUUCCUUUUCCAUUUCCAAGAAAUUGUAGGGGUAGAAGAGUUAAGUAGAAUACUACCUAAGUUUUUUUUUUGUAAUUAGCUUAAUUCUUUCAUGAUCGCUAAGAAACCCACGCCUGAUUUAGUUUUUGGGGACUCUGAUAAGAUUUAUCUCAACUGAACCGAUUCUCAUCAUCUCACGCCCCUGAUAUUCUUUUCCACGGCUAUUGGAAUUGCUGUACGGUCGAGUCAACUGAAUGGCUCUUCCUGUUGUCUUAGAAAAUUUGCUCAAAGGCAUGAGCUCUGACCCUGCUCUUUCUAACGGAUUGGAUUCUUGUGUGCUUGUAAGCAUAGGUAUGACCUGAGCAAACCGAAAUUAUGCAGUUCUAUAUAAGGUUUGUACGGGCUGGUACCAUCACUGACUGAUUCAUGAACAAUCAUGCAUAAAGUCAAGUGAAAUUAAUUUGGUUUUCUCGAGAUUUUUAGCACAACCUAUCUAGGGAUUGAUAGCUAGGAAAGUCAACUUGAUCAGCCGAGAUGUCAGCUUAUCUUCGUUUGCAGAAGAGAAGAUAUUAAGUUAUUAACAUAGCUAUAUAUAUUGCGCAAACUCUUGUUCUCAAGUAAUCACGAUGGUCUUCUUUGAUUUUUGUUCCAGACUCAUGUCAUGUUUGGGCUUGUCAUCUUUUUUAUUCUUCGUCCAAACUCAAACCAACGUACUUAAUUUUGGAGAGAGAAAAAUCCAGCUAUCAGACACAAGUAGAAUAGUUACGACAGUAUGUUUUACCUUUCUGUUUACCUUCAUUUGGAGUACUAUGACCUUUCUGGUUUGCCACAUAAUAUUGGUCUAUUAAUGAAAUAGGUCCUGGUCAACAUUUUUCCUAAUUAGAGCAAGGUUAAUAAUUUAGCCUGCUGCUGGCUGCAAGGAUUCUUGUAGCAUACCUCUCAGCCUAUUCGUAUAGUGGUUUAGUCCUUCAUCAUUAAUACAUAGCACACCUGUCUCUCUCACAAGAUUUCUUGGUUCUUGUGUCGAAGCCGGCUAUAAGCUUACAGCCCACCUUUUUUCUCUUUUCUUUCCUCUCUCCUCCACCUCAGCAUUUAGCCAACUUACAGCCCAUUAUAAUAUUUGCUCUUAUGGUUGGUUCAUGAUCUCCUUAAUAAUGUGUAAGCUUUUCCCAAGUACAGUAAAACAGAAAUUUUCUUUCUUUGAAUAGUUCUAUGGUUAAGCUCAAUUAUAUGAUGCGGUGGGUGGUGUGGACAUUAAAUAACAGUAUACCAUUCUCAACUGUGGAGCACAAUGUUUGGAAUGCAAGAAUUUCACGGGUGUUCUACUCCGAAGAUUUCACUAGCAUAGAGCAACUGGCUUCCUCUGCUUUUUGAAGAUCCACUAUCAGUGAACAUCACUAUACAGUUUAGUCUGUCAGAGCCUCAGAGGUUAAAUACCUCCUGGAUCACAAUUUUUAUACUGGAGCAAGACUGUAAUGGACCGGGCAGACACAUCAGGCUUUGUUAGUGGUGGAUCAAGUGGUACUUCACUGCUGCUUAUAUUCUUUCACUUCGUCUACUCGACAGUGCACAUAUAAGAGAUCAGUAAACCCCUGAUCUCAUCGUUGCUCUUCCACCACCUUCACUGUAUUAGCAGAGCAUUUAGCUUUGAUGAAUAACGGUUUUGCGGGUAUCCUGCACCGCAGAAACGAGCCUCUGAUGGAUGAUUCUGCAGUGUCAAUUGGUUUCUCAAUGACAAGCUACACAUCAGGCAGCCAUGGUCAGAGUCAGAUAACAUUUGGCCUAGACCGGUUGGGUUCAUCAAUGGACAACAGCUACAGCCAUGGCCAGAGAGGUUUGCGAAGGUCUAGUCAUGUGCCUGCGCAAGAUGAUGGGUGCAGACUAGUCCUCGGACUGGGACCAACUCCGGAUGCUAACUCUGCCGAUCAGCAUCCUGCCGGAGCAGACAAGUCUAGAGCACCUGUGACUUUGUUUGGCCAGAGCUUCUCCUUCGCUGAUCCAGGGGCGCUGAGCCUUGGGGCUCGCCAGGGCCGCAACGCUGGAGCAAUUCAACACAGAGAAAUGCCUACCGGCCACAUCAUUUCCUUCGGCGCCGUCGAUGAGGGCUCAACGUCGGCGAGGAGGAGCUCCGGUGGCUACAUGCCAUCCCUUGUCUUCGCGCCUGGGGCAGACUAUGCAGCAGCUGAAGAGGCACAGGGUUUGGUAGACCACACAGAUCACAACAGUUACGACAGUACUGUUCGUGAUCACAGUGGUUUUCGGCUCAGCCCUGAACCUUCGGCGUCCUUGACGGAGGCUUCGUUCGGCGUGAGCUCUGACGUUGUGACCGUGGUAAGCAAUCCUGUACAUCGCCGGCAUCCCAAGAAGUGCAGGUUCAAAGGGUGCUCCAAGGGCGCGCGAGGUGCGUCGGGCCUGUGCAUCGCUCAUGGCGGCGGGCAGAGGUGCCAGAAGCCUGGGUGUCACAAGGGCGCCGAGAGCCGCACGGCCUACUGCAAGGCCCACGGCGGCGGACGGCGGUGCCUGCAGCUCGGCUGCACCAAGAGCGCGGAAGGGAAGACGGAUCACUGCAUCGCCCAUGGCGGCGGGCGGCGGUGCGGCUACGCUGGCUGCCCGAAAGCCGCGCGUGGCAAGUCCGGGCGGUGCAUCAAGCACGGCGGCGGGAAGAGGUGCUCCGUGGAGGGCUGCAUCAGGAGCGCCGAGGGCAGGGUCGGGCUGUGCAUCUCCCACGGCGGCGGGCGGCGGUGCCAAUACCCGGACUGCCGCAAGGGCUCGCAGGGCAGCACGCUCUACUGCAAGGCGCACGGCGGCGGGAAGCGGUGCGUCUUCGAGGGGUGCGCCAAGGGCGCCGAGGGCAGCACGCCGCUGUGCAAGGCGCACGGCGGCGGGAAGCGGUGCAUGUACGAGGGCGGCGGCGUGUGCCCGAAGAGCGUCCACGGCGGCACGGAGUUCUGCGUGGCGCACGGCGGCGGGAAGCGGUGCGCGGUGCCCGGGUGCGGCAAGAGCGCGCGCGGGCGCACGGACCGGUGCGUGAAGCACGGCGGCGGCAAGCGGUGCAGGGUGGACGGGUGCGGCAAGAGCGCCCAGGGAAGCACCGAGUACUGCAAGGCCCACGGCGGCGGGAAGCGCUGCAACUUCGGCGGCGGCUGCGAGAAGUUCGCGCGCGGCCGGAGCGGCCUCUGCGCGGCGCACGCCACGCUGGUAGCCUCGCAGCAGCGCCGCUGCGGCGGCGGCGGCGCCGCGGUCGCGGGCAUGAUCGGGCCGGGCCUCUUCCACGGCCUCGUCCGGUCCGCCGGCGCCGGGAACGUGCACAACGAGCACUCGUCCUCCGGGGCGAGCACGGUGUCGGACUGCGACGGCUCGCCCGUGGCCGCGGCGGGGAGGCUGGAGCUGAUCCCUCCCCAGGUGCUGGUCCCCCACUCCAUGAAGUCCUUGGCGCCGGCCGCGCCGCCGCCGGAGAGGAGCAGAGAGGGAGGGGCGGUCGCCGUCCCCGAGGGGAGGGUGCACGGCGGCGGCCUCCUGACGUUGCUCGGCGGCAGCUUCCGGAACGUCGACGUCGGCAGGCUCUGAAGCAGGGAGCGCUCUUGAGGCUCGAUUUCUCUACUUCCACGCAUCUUUUUCUUCAUCAAAUCAAAAGAGAAACAGGAAAAAACUAGUACUAGCUGUUAGAUUGGCUGUCUAUAAUACACUACAUGCUCUAUUUGCAAAUUGGACACUCGACUUGUAGGGGCUGUUUGUUUUAUGUUGAAUCAUUCGUGGCAGGUCCCAAAGCUUUUGGGCUUUGUAGCUGCAGUUGGUGUGAAUAAAGGUCAGUGUGUAAUAAUCAAAACUGUACUUCUGGCGACACUCUGCUCUGCUGAAAUGGCAGCUGAUGGUUCUCAAGAUCAAGUUUUGAUGUGGAAUAGGCUUUUUAUGGAUGUGUGGUAUAGUACUGGUAUUUGAAGUGUUGUACGAGCCUACAAUGCUGGUCUAGUGUUUAUCAGAAGUUUGAUUCUUUUGCAA